GUGUUUAUGUCUGUAUGAUGGCUCAGCUGGAUGAUUUAGUAAGUAAAAAACUUGUUGUCGAUAAGUGUAAGUAACUUAUUUUAAAUUUACCUCGUUUCUUUAGUUUCAAAAGCAGUUUUUCCGGCAGACAAUGAUAACAUAAGCUAAGACCAUCUCCAAGCUAAAGCUAUCAACUGUCAGAGCUCAAUAAGUUUUCAAAAUUUUCUCGCGGUUUUUUUAAUCUACACCAGUAUAUUACUUAUCUAUUGUCACAAUUUCAAGCAAGGGAGACCUUGAGCACAGAUUCAUGUACCUGCAAUUUUUUUGUCGACUUAAAUACAUUGGCUUACACAUGAGAUCGAGAAGUAGACUGUUUUAUCAACUGACAUAAAUUAAGGUAAAGCAGAGAAAUUUUAACAUCUUUGAACCAAGGGUAACAUCCAAUCACAACAUAUUAACUGGCAGUAUAAUCACUCAAAAAAAUGUUGCAUAUUACAAAACAUAAAUUGUUUUUUAAGCUUAUGUUGUGGUUCAGAUUUUAUCCCUGGUUUACAUGUAGAUUUUAUUUUCAUUUGUUUUUGGGUGUAUAGGUACAGGGCUGUCAACCCCCCAUAUCAUCAAAUAUUGAGAAUUGAUAGGGAAGGAAUGAUAGAUGAUGUCAUAAUGCACAACAAAUGAUGACAUUUAUGCCAAAAAUGCUUGUUGAUUUCAAUUGACGUAUAUAGUACAAACAGUUCAUAUUUAGCCACAUUAUUGCUUAAAUUACAGUGGCAUACCAGAAUUUAUGAGGAAACAUUCCAUGUUAACAGUAGCUCAAACGACACAAAAUAUUUGAAAUUUUAUGGUCGGAAAGUCGAGUCUACAAGAAAUAGCAACUUUUGCGAUUAUCCGGGAGAUAUAUCGGACUCUAAUCUGGAGACGGGGAGAUAUGGUCCAAACUUUGAAGUCUCCUGGAUUAUCCGUGAGAGUUGAUAGCACUGUAGGUAUUGGUAAUGUAUGAUAAUGGGCUUGAAUGAGAGCCAUGCUAGAUGUGUCAGAAAUAACUGUCAGAAAGAUAGUAGAGAAGCAAUGGUUCCCAUAAGAACAUAUAAUAAGGGAUGAAUGCAAAAAGACGAAAAAAGUAAAAGUCCUAUCCUUGACAACAGUAAUGCUUUUUUCUGUUACUCAGGGUUUUCAUUGAGAAUUCUAGUAGCAGGAGAAAGGUGUAACCUUACAGGAGAAUAUUCUGAAAAAGGCUCCACGUCUGAAUAAAAAAUAGUCAUAGUCUACAGAACGUUAGCUGAAGGAAUCUGCGUAGUUAAUGGAGAAUUCUCCGAUGCCUAAUGAACACUCUGGCUGCUAUUUUGUUCUAAUAUUGUUUUGACUCCUACACUUCUAGGAGCAUGAAAAAUUAAGAAACAAUAGCGCAUUUGAUAAUGGGCACUGACUGUCAAAAUAGGAAACAUUGACAGUGACUACCUCUGUCUUCCUUGUCCUGCAUUAAUAUAACUUCAGAUUUUAUUGAAACCCCCGAAACAUCAAGUUGACAGUGUGCGCUGUGCGAUGUUAAUGUUCUGUCACGAUUGUAUUGAGCUCUUUUGAGGUCAUUUGAAUACACAUAUAACUCCAUGUACUGUAAGAAACAACUGUCAGUGGUAAUGUAAAAUUGGGCAUGAUCUAUUUAUAUCACAUUAUUUUUAUAUCAGCACCAACCUUCCACACUCAGCAAGAGAUGGAUAUGGAAAGAUGACACAAACACACUGGAAUCAGUAAGGUACAUGAGCAAUAUUACUUGUAAAAUAAUAUCUGCAAGGUAGUUUUCUUAUACCUAUAUAGAGGUUAAGGGUGAUGUGGAUUUUUAAAUUUCAUUGCAUCCUUCAUUAAUUGUAAAUUCCAACUUUUCUACACAUAGGAAACUCUCCUUUUUUUCCUUACAGCACAAUUCAAGGAAGUGUAGAUAAAGGUACCAACUUUCACCUUGCUGCAAACAAAUCAAAGAGAAGCAAAGGAGGGCUGGGGAUUCAUUUUCAGGAUCUCCACAAGAAAAAUGACAGGUAAUCAUAGUAUUAGGCACAAUCUUAAUGGUGUCUAUUUGGACCUGCUCAAUGUGUCAAGUGCAGGCGACUUUUCCUGGAGUUGAAUUCUUAAGAACUUUAUCCAGGUUCAAAAAGAGAAAGGAGAAUUUGUCAUCGUGUGUCGAUGUCCUCCAAAAAACUAAUCACAUCGGGGUUUCACCUCGAGGUCAUUCAGUGGAUGUCAAAGAAAUGUACUGAAAAGUGUGAUAGAUGUGCAGAGCUGUUUUUUUUCUCAUAAAACCAAUUGUUUUUUGAAGUUGUUGUUGGGGUCAUCAUCAUAGCUGCUUAAGCUCCCUAAUGAUCAGUCCCUUGGAGAUAUCGAGAUCAGUCAUUGGCAUGGUUGUUAUUUUUUUAAAAAGGUGUUAUUUGUUAAUCUUGCAGGGGUACACCAUCAGUCAUGUCCAAAAAUUAUGCCACAGCUGGCACAACAUCUAGGCGUGGUCAAGCUUACUUGCUGCUACAACGUGCUGGUAACAUGAAGGGUUCUUCUCCACGACCCAGCGUCAAAGCAGCUGGAGCCAAUGAACAUGCAAUGGUUACCUUGGAUGAUGUAAAAAGUGUUGCUCUAGAUUCAAUGCCAGAUGUUGAUGUACUUCCACCGACUUUUCAAGAGUGCUACAGGUACAGUUGCUAGUCCAUGCAUCUGUCGUGCAUUUGUUCUUAUUAAUUUUAUGAAAUAAAACAAUUGGAGUUAUCAUUUCACAUUUUUGCAUUAGAGCCACAGGAAGACCACCACUUUCACUCCCUGUGACGUUAGAGCAAGGACUGGGGCAUUUUAGUUCUGCAAUGGCAUGUAUGUGGUCGGUGAAGGAAAUGAUUUAAAGCAAAUUAAAAGUAAAAUUUUACUGAAUUUUCAUCGAUUUUCCAAAUUUAGGACACAACAUGAUAGCUCCACCUUUAUAAUGUUUUUGAUUAGCAGGUUGAAAAAUUAUAUUUACCUCCUUACUUAAGUAAUCAAUUCAGUAUAAUAAUGAGACAGUGUAAUAAUUAAGUUUUUCUUUGCCAGAUCAGUUUGAAAACACAGCUUUUGGUCCACAUGAGUUUAUUAACGGUUAAUUUUAAACAUUCUUUCUUACAGUAAAUACCUCUGUAAUUUGAAUAUCCUCUGAAUACUUUACUCAAGUUAAGUACAGAGUUAACUAGCCCAAUUGCAAAAUCCGCUAGCCCCAGGCUAUCAGACAUGAUUUUCUUUACAUGCUGUUGCAUUAUGCACUCAACACUGAGCCUCAUUUUGGCCAGAAAAACAAUCAUGCCAUCAACAAUAAACAGUGUUUCUCUUCAAUCAUUGACCUCAGUUUACUAGUGUUUCCCCUGCAGGGUCUUUUUUCAUAGCUGCCAUCUUGUUAUUGUACAGGGAGAGAUGCAUGUGAGUGCAAAACCAGCAAAUCACUAUAAUCAGAGGGAGCAAGGCUCUCAUUUAUGCAGAAACAACAUCGAUAGAAACAUUUUCGCUGACUGUCUAAAAACUAGCAUCCAAAUGCACGAUCAACAAAAGACAGCACUACCUGGGAAAAAAUGUGCAAAUAAAUAACAUUGAAGAUGCCUUGGUUAUACAGAGGCUGGGUAACCACUAUUAGUAAUUAAUUAUAAGUUCUAAUCAUAUUUUGGUUUACUGAACAGCUAACUUAAUGGUUGUUGUUAUGCAUCAUAUCAGCCUUUUGAUUCUUUUGUUUUAGUUCUGAGCAGUUUGAUGAGUUUCAACUGGCAAUUCUAAAUUACUUUGAUGCUUUUUUUGAGAGAAUGGCUAUAGAAAACAAGCCCAAGCCAAUGGCAGUGUAAGUGGCAAGACUAGCUAAGACUACAUUUAAUAACCUUUAAUUAUUCAUCAUGGUUCAUUACAGUCUUGAAGAGUUCUUGAAUUUCAGCCACCAUCUUACAAUGUCCCUAUAUACAACUUUAAGUCCUAAUUAAAAAUUACUUGUAAUUAUAAAUGUAAGAUAUCAUUUUCAUUUUCAUUUUCUUUGUUUGGCAAAUUCCUCGCUGAAGAGCAGUAGUCAACAUUGACCUUCACAUGAACAUUUGGUGCCUCGACCUACCCUCAUUAAAAUUAUGUGAUUGUAUUAAAUGAUUUUUUAUUUACAAAAUAAUCUGAAUUCAAUCUUCACUUUAGGACAGAAAAAAUACAUAUUGUUUCAGAUUUAAUGCAGUAGGCCUCAUAUCUGAUAUGAAAGUCACCUUAGGAUAGAAUGUGAGGGUCAAUACACUAUACUUUUUUGUCGAUAGUGAACCAAGCCUGGCUGAAAAGAAAGCCUUAGCAACAGCGGUCAGCAAACAGGAAGCAGCACAGAGGCUUCUGGGACAGUGCUAUUGUAGGCUGGUGUUAGGACUGGGACUAGAGGACAAACACCAUUUAGGAUGUGGCAGGUAUGAUCCCCCAGAAGGGGGCACUUUGGAUUUCAAGUGACAGGGAUUAUUGAAUAGGGGCAAAAAUCAAAACCCAAAAAAAUCCUUGGACCAAACUUUAACACUUAAAAAAUCCCAUGCCGAAUUUCCAAGCCGUAAAAAUUUCCAGAAAGCAUUGUAUGAUAUAACACGAAACAGGGGCACCCAACGAGAAUAUAGUUCAAAACCACUUAAACAUAGCAUUAUUAAAUGUAUUUUAGUAUUUAAACGGUAGACAUAGGAUUCGGAUUUCGUAACUGAAAAUCUAGUGAUCCGAAAAUUAUAGGGAUCAAAACUUACCUUUUCGAAAAUUUUAGCCAGAAAAUAGGCUCCCGAAAAUUCUAGGUGAACUUUUUAGGGUAAAAAUUAGUUAAAAAUGGACAAGUAUACCAUAUUUUAUUUGUUCGAAAAUCCAAGGAGAGGCCUGGACGCAAGAAAUUUUACAACAAAUGUUCCGAAAAUUCUAGAUCUCAAAUCGUCCUCCGGACAGAUAUUUUUCGGAAAAUUGUCAUUAGGUGUCCCUGACGAAAAAUAGAAGCAUUAGUUUUGAAUCCCCAAAAACCCCUUCUCCAAUCAAGCUACCCAAAAAAAUACUUGCCAAAAUUUUCGUACCCAAAAAAACCUCGAAAUAGAAAAUUUCAAACCGAAAAAAAUCCUUCCGUCAUCCCUGUCGCUUGAAAUCCGAAGUACCCCACCUGGGUAUGAUCAAUCAGGAAAUUUAGUAAUAAUUACUUUAUAAUGACAGGGUGCCCAAGCAUUAUUUCAACUAGCCCCAUAAACGUUUUGAUGAGGAGAUUGAUUUCACAGUUCCUCUCAGUCUCUGUAAUAGUUAUUUGAAUUCCUCAAAAAACUUCACUUACCCAUCAGGCAAGUAAAUAACAGAAUUCACUAGCUCGAUAGCAAAAUCCACUAGUCCCUUAAUAUCGGAUACUACUUUCUUUGCACGCUGAAUAAGUACGUUUAGUGGACAAAAACCUUGUACUGAGAAUAAUUUGAACAAUAUCACCUUUUUUUUCUUACAUUUUUCAAGUGCUAUAAAUGUAAUUAGUUGACUGUAAUAACACCAAAGAAAAAUUUUUAUGAAAGCCCAUGGCCAAGGAAAUAAAUGUCAGAUUUCACAAAAUGACAUCUUACACGUGUACGAAAUUUUCAGAAUUUCACCAGUAUUUUCACAAUUCUUGCGAAAUUUAAAUUAUCCUUGAAUAAAUCCUGAAUAAGUCACCAAACUAGAAGGUCUACAGACUACUCUGGGGCUAGUAAACUUUGGCAAACGCAAAUUUUUACAUUUCUUAUCUCACCCUUGGGACACUAUUAAAUGAUCAUUGUGUGAUGCUAAUAACUUAUUUUAGGACUUGCUUUGACUUGAUUUUAGACAACGCAGCUCUGACACAAGUAAAGACCGGGAAAUGUACGAGGUAUGAAGAGCUAAACAAACCAUAACUUACACUUAAAACACAUUAUACCAUCAUGCUAAUGUUCGCGUGUGGUAUUAGUAGCAUAAUUAAAACGUUUAGAAUUGAGAAGUGAGCGACAGAAUUGAGGAAUGGGAAAGCUCAUUAGAGUUCCAGUGUUUAUUUUAGGUAGUUACCGUGGUAGCUUUAGGUUCAGAAGAUGUGUGAGUUCUGCUACCGCUUAGUGGAAAAUAUGGAAAAAAUGGCAACUCUAAAUUCUUUACACGAUAUAAAUAAAAUAUAAAAUAAAAUUCACGCUUUAAGUUCCUAGUGUCGGAUUGUCAGUAGCAGGUCCAGAUCGCGCAAAAUUGGGCUUUUACUGAAUUCAAAUGUUUUUUAUUGUUGCCAUAGUGAUAUCGAUUUUGCUUAAAACUACAUUUUGACAAACGUCAAUCCAAAAUCAGUCAGUGGUGAAAAGUGCAUAGCGAUCGGACAGUUUUAUAAAGGGGAUUGAAAAAUAUCGAUAUGGUCUCCGAAAACUGUAUCGAAACACCUUAACAAAAUGACGUUUGGCAAUUUGGUUGCGAUUGAAAUUUAAUAACCUGGAAUACAGAAAUACUAAUUCAUUUUCAUUGCCUUUAUUUUAAAGGCUCUCUACACCUUUGCCGCAUACGUAACUUACAUCACAUUCAGGCGACAACAUUUGGACUUGAUACAGAAAGAGCUUGGAAGGUACCAAUAAUAUUAUCUUUUAGAGCACUCUAUUAUUUAGUUAAUUGCGACCAAUUACCCUUCAAGAUCAUAAAAAUAAAGUUCACAGGUCUCUCGUAAGCGACCAGCUCCCAUGAACGACUCGGGACCCAUCCAAAACAGCAACAUUUUCCCAAUUGAAGCUCUAGUUACCCUCUCUCGAUCUCGUAUUAAAUGAGAGCGCGAACACUUUUGGCGGUCACGGUUUGAUAAUUUUUCAAUUUUUCAUACACUUGUAAGUGAUCACGUGAUGCAUUGUUUGACCUCCUUGUUCGCUGACCAGAGUAUGCGGAAAAUGUUUUGUGACAGAAUGGAGAGCUCUACACAUAGCAUAACUUGUCCGAUCUACAUUCAGAAGAAACCCUUAUAGAGCGAUUUUCGUAUGCCCUUGAAAAAUGCUUUCGGUAAGUGUUCUUUAAUUUUUUUUAUCAGCCAGUGGAUUAAAAGAUCAAAACAUGGCCUGUUCGUUUUCCCGCCGAAGAAAACCCUAAUAUGGAGAAGGUAUUGUUCGAUUGGCCAAUCGUGUUGCAGUGUGACGUCAAAGCGAAGUAUCGGUUGAUUUCUAGAAAGUUAUCGGGCAUGAAGUUUUUUCACCCGAGCAUUCAUUUAACCAACCAAAAGCCACGCGCGUUUAUGUCCGUUCGGUAAACCAAUCAAAUCGCUCUAAUUUCCGUUUGUUUGUUGUUUGUGUUUUGUUUGCGCGUUUUCAUUUCAAGGUCAUACGAAAAUCGCUCUAUUUCGUGUGAAAGUCAAAGGUGCUUAGCAUUUACAGAAACCACUCGGGUGGAAAUCCUGCGCAUAAACAUAAAUAAAAUUUGACGAAGUUGAAGAACGACCCGCUACAGAGUAUAUCCAAAUUUGAAGAGUAGAAAAAUUGGAUCGCCUCAAAAUGACAGCCAUUACUUUCUGAAACUACACUAAAACGAAAUGGCGCGAACUAUUUGAUUUUCCGACCGGAAUUUCAGGUUUUUCCGGCUACAGUUGUUUGAAAGCAACUGAAAAAUUAACGCGCAAUGAGUCCCUAUGAUUAAAUACGCUCACGCCGGCGACCUUCUCCCGUGGUCGCUUACAUGGUUGCUUACGGGAUGUUCGACUGUACUCUGUUAGCAUUUACACGACCCCAACUUCCCGUUUUGAUGGAUUUGUUUUGUUUGUUUUUUGCUCUAAAGAAAGGCCCAAAAUUGAUCUAUUAUAUACCAUCCUACCAGGCCAUCAGCCAGUUAGAUUUUGACCAGUUGUCUAAAUUGAUAAUUUUUUAUUGCACCCUUAGUUAGUGGAAAUGAAAGUGAAAUGUUUUGUAGAGAAUAAAUCAUGCAAAAUUCUGGGAUUUUUGCCUGUAGAAAUAUCUACAAUCUAAUCCUGCGUAGCAGGCGCUUGGAACUAGUGGGCGCAAGAAAAAACGGGGCGCGCGAGGGAGACACACAAGGAGAGAGGGAGCUCCCUCUCCCCUUGCGUGUUUUUCGUGCGCUCGUUUUUUUUUUGUCACCCAAAUACUUCCAAGGACCUGCCAAGCAGGCUACUACAAUCGUGGACAAAAUAGAUGGAAAAUCUAUACCCUCAUCCCAAAUCAAGGAUGGAAAAGUGGCGUGUUUUGGCUUUAAUAUCAUAGUUGACGAAUUACUCCUUAAUUUUGGCGCGAAAUUUCAGCGUUAAUUUGUAAUUUCACAUGUGAAAUUACAAAAUUGCAAUGGCAACCCUUCCAUACGUCUCAGUGUCAGGAUGGCGACGAAGUUUUAAAAUGCCGUGAAUGAAGAUGUCAGGGCACAAAAAGACGCUUUAGAAAACCUGAACACACAAGAGAACACCAAGAAGGAUUCUAACAGGUAUUUUGCCGAAAAAGUCUGAAAAAUUCUGAACUGUAUAAGCCAAAUUUAAGGACUAAACAUUUGAGAGAGUGGAGUUCUCGAUCGAUACGAUCCAGGAUAAACAUGUCAAAAAACCAAGAUUGCUAACGUAAUUCGUCACCCAUGAUGUUAAUAGGUAAUCAAAUGGUAUACUCGUGAAAUUAGGGAAUAAUUUCACUUGCGUUUUGUCCAAAUCCUAAUAAUUUCCCGAGCCUUUAGUCGAGGGAAAUUAUUAGGAUUUGGACAAAACGCGCGUGAAAUUAUUCCCUAAUUUCACUCGUCACCAUUUGAUUACACAUGCUUAUUCGGCUUCAUCCUUUCUUUGGGGGGAUUUGGGUUUGCUGUUCCAUUUUAUUGUGUCCAAGAUCGUUCGAUCUCGUCUUAUUCUCAUUCCAUCCUCUUAAAUCGUUAUUUUCGGUCUUGUCAUCAGGAUGUUCCGUUCAGACACAUUUAACCCCGCAGGAAGGCCUAAAGCUAUUGAAGGUACUUACUAAACAAUUGCAGUUGUCAUCUUAUUAUGCAGCAGUCAAUAUUGUGGUAGAUCCACACUAAAGGACUUGAAAUACGGACAUUUUUUUUUUACUGUAUACAGCUUGUCGUUUAAAAGUUUGUGUUGCGUUACAAUUUUAUAUGAAUAAUUUGUGCGGAUAUUGUCGCCUACAUGUUCAUUAAAUCCGGUUCGAGAUCCAGGUGACAGAUCCUGCUUACAAUGUAACUAAACUGUUCACAGUCCGCUAUUUUUUCCGUAAGAUCGAUUGUCAGGAUCGAGCGCUUUUCGUCACGGGUGGCCAUCUUGGUCUCAACUGUUCCGAGUCUAGCCUGGGGACGACAACCUCGUCCCCAAGGCGCUCUCCCUUGCUUUGGCGGGAAAAGCCCCCUGGGGACAAGGUUGUCAUGGAGAUGAGUGCCGGGGGGGGACGGUUUGGGAGAAGGCAAGAAAAACGCAAUAAACCCCGACGCCCGCUCCUCAGUAGUACCGUAUGUCCUCUAUUUAAAAGUCCCCGGGGGCUUAUUUAUUUCAAACACAUUUGGGGAAGGGAGCUCGAUAGAGAUGGUGGCUUAUUUGAGAGGGGACACCUUAUUUAAUUCAGCAAAGACGAUGAUAUCAGGUCUCCAUAAGAACUAUAAUACAAAAUGGAAAAGCUUAAGUACAAGAAGUCAUACAGCCGAGGGUCAAAAACCAAUCCGGACUUCCAGUUGAUGAUAAACCAUCCCGGAUCAGUCCACACGAAGUUAUACAGUCGUGAUUAAUUGAUACAGUCUAUCAUUUAUCAGUGAAGAAUAAUCAGGGGAGGGGAGGGAAGGGGAGGGGGCUUAUUAACACAGUUUUUUCAGCUGAAAGGGGGGGCUUACUAGAGAGUAAGUGCGCGGUAAGCGCGCGAUCCUGAGGAUCUUACGAAAAAUAGGGUGACCAGUCUACAGCAUGACCAGCUUUCUGGUGGCUUGAUAGCCCAGGGGUAAAAAGCACUGCAUGGGUAUCGCAGAGGUCGUGGGUUCAAAUCCUGAUCAAUCCUUCUCAAAUCCUCCUGUAGUUUAGGAAAGGUACUUUUUUUCUUGGGGGGAGGGCUGGGGCCUCAGAGGGGAAGGUCAUUCACGUAAGGUGGGGGGGUGGGAUCAGGAGUUUUUUAAAUUAAACUCUAGGAAGGGCUAUCAGGAUGCAUCAAAACGUCUGAUUGUCCUGGACAGGUAGGACUUUAAUUUGGACAUGUAAACCUUUGACAUGACUUUUCAUUGGACAAGCACAUUUUUAAUUAGCAAAGAAUACAGAAACAGUUGAAGAUUCUCGACUUCUUCAUACUUAAGAAAAUAUGGUAAAAUAUUCCUUUUAACUUUGUCAUAUGGCGGCCAUUACGUGCUCCAUUUGACUUAUGAACCUAGCAAAACUGUUUUGACAAGAACUCUUGGAUUUUGGACAGCCAAAUUUAAUAUAGUGCUUUUCUGAGGGACAAAUGGAUAAGAAAAUUUUUCUCUUACUCUGUUUGUGAAGUUUUAUAUAUUCACUAUCAUAUGCUGCGUUUUGUUGCACGUUGGCACUAAUCAAGCAACAAGCGGAAUCUCGUUGUUCAACACUACAUUGCUCAUGAAGACAAAAGUUAAACCAGCAGAAACGUGUGUCCAUGUAAAGCGCGGUGAAAAUAUGACUUUUGUAAAUAAAAAAGGUAAAUAAAAAAACCGGGAAACGCGCGCAAGUCAAAUAUUGAUUGUCUUAUGUUGCCGCUGCUUUUGUUUUUUAAAAAAUGUCAUUACUUAUUUUGCAAAUGGUGGUUUUGGAUCUUUUAUGACCCCGAAACAUGAAGCCAAAGGUCACAGUAUUCGAUAAAAACAAAGAAAAUUAGAAAGGCGGAAUUCAGAAAAAAAUUCUUUAACCUGUUUUGUUGUAAUUCUCUUUAGAGGUGUAUGCAAUUGAUCGUCUUAAAGACAACACAAAGAACCCGCUGACGCCGGCAGAGUAUCGCAGACUCAAGCCGUUAGUACACUUUUCGUUUUUCGUCUUUAUGUUUUAGCUACUAUGCAAUUUUUAAAUACAUUUAUCGGUAAGCUUCAAGUAAAUAGCUGUUGUGUUGCCCAACCGACGUUUUCCGAUUUUUAGAAUGAAGAUGAUGACGAUGAUGAUAAUAAUAGAGUCUUUUCACAUGACGUCACGGCAGCCGUAUUUGUAUCCCAAAACAAUGAAACGGUGGCCAUGUUGGUGUCCCAAACCAAUCCUGUGCGAGUUGAAGUCCUUUCUUAUGAAAACACGCUUUCUUUUGUAGCAAUAAAUUUGCAUAGACACCGGCCACGUGAGUGAAAACGCUCUAUAGUUAUUACUUACUUUAUUUUCUUGCAGAAAGCGGCCUCCGAUCAAGUCUAUCAUAAAGUGAGUACAUAAAUUUAUCGAAGUUUUAACACUGUACAAGAACUUCCUCCUGUAUCAUCUUUUGAUCAUUUGGUUUUGAGGAAAACUGUUCACCUACCCCUCCCCUAACUUAAAGUUAACACUUACUUUUCACUUAUGGCAAAAAGGUUGGGUUAGGGGAGGGGUAGGUAGAAAGUUUCUCAGAAACCUAAAUUAAUCCGAAACUUUUGUUUUUCACAUUUAGUCAGCGGUCUCCAGUGCUUGUGUCUUUACUACCAACAUCGAAAGAGGCCAGUCCGUGGUUCCUUGAUCGCACAAAAGCUCUUCCCCUGUCAGAAAAGUAAGAUUGCCAUUCAUUUGACUUAUAUAGUUUUUUUGUUAACCACUUCUAGUAAUUUCUAGCAUUUGAUCAUAUACACAUGAAAUUUGUGCAUUAUGAGUGAUGGCUUUGUUACUGCUUUCAUCAUGUAGAAAUAGCAACAAAACCUACCAUAAGUAGUUGGAAUACGAACAACCAUGUGAGUGUAGAGUAAAAACCUGUGACUAAGAACCUUACGCCCCUCUGUGCAAGAACCUGUUCAGCUUAAAAUUUGAAACAGGUUCUUAUUUUCUAAAAUCCAUUAAAAAAUCCUGUACAAUCAGACAAAUUUGUCAACAUUCAGGAUCCUCUUUGGAGACAUACUCCAACUGCAAUGUAAUGGUAUGCAGAUUUUAUAUAGGGAAUACGCUGAAUACCACUAAAUGCUCUUAGCUAUAAAGUAUAUUUUUCUUCAGAAAAUAAGAACUUAUUUAAAAACCUAAAUAGCCUAAAUUUGCGCUAAUUGCCAUUUAUGUGAGAACCUGUUUUAGCUAACUUGGAAAAUGAAGAUUCUUAGUCGCGGGUGUUUACUGUAGUCGCUUUCCUCGGGGUUGCAUGUCCGCUCGCGCCGCAUCAGUUACGGUGGAUUUCCACUGUCGUGUAAUUUUUACUUUUACGUGAAUAAACAAAAUAGAGGCAUUAUAUACGUCAUGAGCGAUGCUUUUGUUCAGUGCAGGAUAUUAUUUUUCCCAGGUAUAUCCUUUCAAGCUUUUUCCCCUCGAAAUCAGUCUGGGAGCCGGAUUUUUUUUCUGAAAUCAGCCAUAACCCCCUCAAAAGUCAAUUGGUCGGCCCCAAAAAUCCACUAAACAUUUUUUUCUCAGCUGACAGAUUCUGAUUUGUCAAUCAUUUCUAAAGGCCUUUGAAACAAUAGGGGACUAAACUCUGUAGGGGAGAGGGGAGGAAUUCGUUUCUACUAACUUCUCGGAGAGUCCGUACGGACGUACGGUGACGUGAUAGCCAAAUUUUCUUGGAUGUAUAGUUUACCAUUUUCUCUUAGUAUGGAGGUCCACACUCGCGCGCGCAGAGGCUCCGCUAAAAAUUACGCGACACCGUUAGUGUAAACUGCGAGCUGUCUCACUUUUUCCUCAUCUUCAUUCUUGCCCCUUCAGUCACGCGCGUCCUCAUUUUAGUGUCUCGCGCGUUUAGCUCGACGGACAAAGGCAAAACAGAGACUGCUCGUAGUCUACAGAUUAGUCUGCAGUUAGUGCUGGAGAGCUUACCAUUUGUUAGGAAAUUUAGGUUAAAGAUGUCUGACAAAUGGUACUGGACUUGAAAAAGUUUCGAAAAGAGGAAUGGGUUAGGGUUGUACCAUUUGCAAAACACCAGAACCCUCCUGUUAAAAAACUGCCAUUUUUGUCUGGUUAACUAGACAAAAUGGAACAAAAAAUUUCGGUCAUUUCGUUAAAAAUGGUAAAAAGAUAAUACCUUAAAGCCCCGUGCAAACGGACGCAACAUCGUUGGCCAACAACUCCCAACUUUGUUGAACUUUACAUGUUGCGUUUGUUUGUACACCCUGUUGCAUGUUGUUGGAUGUUGUUGCGUGUUGUUGGGCAAAGUUUGAAAGCGGUCAAACUUUUAGCCACGUACAAACGGACGCAACAACUUCCGACAAUGUUGGGAGUUGUUGGCCAACUGUGUUGCAUCCGUUUGCACAGGGCUUAAAAGGUUUUACUUUUUUUCUGGAAAAUUUAUACCGAUAUGAACCAUUCCAUUUAUAAUCUCCCCUGAAUUAUCGGCUUUUCCAUACAAAUGGUAAGCGCUUCUGAUUUCCUGGACCUGCCGUUAGCUGCACACUUUCAUGACCUUGGACAAGUUGCACGUUUUCCUGCGGCUGACCCAAACGGCUAAAUGCUACACGCACAUAGCCCCAAACGAGUAUAGGUGAAAAAUUUGCUAGUAGACCACAAUUCCGCACUUUGUCGAUUUUUCUUAGGGCUUUUUAAAUCAAUUUUAAUUUUUUACCGAUGUAUAAAUUAAAUAUCCAUUAAAUUCUAUUUACUCUGCUAGCGACAUACCGCAUGAAGAAGAAAAAAUGGAUCUUCAGUUGCAAGUGAAGUGAGUAGCGUUCAGAAGCUAGACUAUUUCGUGAUAUUCUAUAGCAUAUUUUUGUAAAUGUCCAGUAACAUCUAACUGUGUACAAAAUCAAAUAAUCAAGGACUGUUGCGAAGAAGGCGCCAAAAACUCACAAGUCAUGGCAUGUGAGUGUGAUCCGCUGCCAUUGGCUGGCGGUGUAAGCCUGCUUUUUGCUAAAUUCUUCUUCAGUGGCUUAGAAAUGACACUUACUCGCCUUGUCCCAGGCAACAUACCACAGAUGGAAGCAACUGUUAUUAAUAAACGCUGCACCAAAUCAGAAGAAUGCGAUGUUUGUUCGAGUAUAUAAAGAAAAACAAAAUCGGUCCAACUUGGUAAUCUACGCCAUGCAUACAUUUGGGAUUCUAUCUUAGUAAAAUCGAAGAGACAUUACAACUUUCUGCUUCACAUAAUAUUUGCAAAUGAUUCACCGUCACUGUCCUCGAUGAUUUAAGAAAUCAUGUGGUUUUGAAAUAAAUACCGCUCUCGAAUACACGCCGCCCUUAAAUAAAGGCCGCAUCGGAAACGCCGCGGCAUCAAAUCGAGUUAAAACGGUAGUUGUACAAGCCACUUGAUGCACUGCUAGUUUGCAGCUAACCUUACGGCGACCAUGCUUGUUGGUGGUCAAGAACGAAAACGUUUUCCUCUGGUGGGAACUAGUCUUUUUUUGGUGCAAAUUCUGAAAUUUUGUCGUCUAGCAUGGCCGCCCUCUCACACAAACCAAUAAAUAUAACCUACUUUGGUUAGAAUUAGGUCCCACCGGCCUAAAACCCCCUUGGACACCUAAUGAAGUUGACACAACGUAGUAUUUCUUAUCGCUUUGUCUUCCCUUGUACUGUAGAUAUAUAAUAUGGAGGCGAUGAGGAAUACCACGUUUUGUAAACUUAACGUUAAACUUAACAAGGGGUUUUAGACCGAUAGAAUCUAAUGUUAACAUCACAGUAACGUUCCUUUGUAUUUGUUAUGUAUCCUACAGACUUGGUAUCAUUGGUGAACCAAUGUCUGGUUUUAAUCCCCUGACGCUGGCUCCCUUUGGUGAGGAACAUGAGGAGGAGACUGGAGACGAAGAUGAAUCCGGAAGGAGGUAUCGUAUCGAAAAUAGUUUCUCUCUCAUCGCGCAUGAUAAAGAAGUCGCGCGUGCAUUUGCCUUAGUUUAGAACGUGGGAGAAAGGUGAUGAUACCCAAGUAAAUUCACAACAAUUAAUUUUAGCUUAACCUUUUUGCUCUGAAGAUUGAUUUCUAGUUACGUGGUUGCGUGAAUGAUUUUUUUUGCGAAAUGUUUAAUCGACCUUUCUCGCAUGUCUGUGAACAAAGCCGCCUAUUGGAGAAUAUGGGUAAAAAAAAAACAAAGAUUUGUAUGCGGACUGCGGAAAAGGUCUUUUUCUUAACGCACAGGGAAUUUUUCCAAAUGAGCUUCGAGUACUGGUAAAAGUUGAGGUAAAAUGGACAACUAAAAUGUGCAACUUGUUUUGUAACCUUGCUGUCAAACGAGUUGAUUAUUGAUGUUGUGCGUUUUACCACCCAUGAAGCAAACCUGUCUUGCACAAAUCAGGUUUUUGCAGGUUGCAGAAAGUAGAGAGUACUUCUACUUUUUGCAACGAAACCUGUACACGUUGCGCGUUUUACCGGCCCAUGGCAAACUUGUUUUGCAGCAAGUCACAUAACUCCGUGUAUGGCGUGACUCUCGUGAAAUCUUGAAGUCAGUAUUCACCCAACAUGCAACAUCUUGACAGGUUUGAGCAUGGUUGUUAAAACAGGCAACUUCGCUAUUCAACUCGUUUUGCAGCAAUGUUGCAAAACAAGUUGCACGUUUUUGUUGCUCUUUACCGUACCUUGAGAUGUUGACUCAACGAAGAUUUCAUGUGUAACUGUCAUCUGCGCAUUGUUCAUGUUGUCGACUUAUGCUGAGAAGGAUAAACUCUAAGGGCCAAAUAUUUAAACAAAGUUUAGCCAGUGUUUAACAAAACUGCGUUCUAAGUCAUUUUCAAUUUGCCCAACGUUUUUAUCGAAACAUCAUUUUUUGUUGAUCAGUUCUAUGAGAGCAUAUACGCUGUAUAGAGAAGACUAGAAAAGCAAUUAUCUUCUUAAAACAACCCACCAAAGAAGAGAUCUGGAGGUUCAAAGAUUCGUUAAACCGCGGCUUAAGUUAGACUUCGUUUAAAUAUUUGGCCCUAAGAGUUCUCUUAUUGUACUAUUUAAUUUCUUGCAGUUCUGUUCCUGGUGAGGCCCCGGUCACGCCAAAUCAAAGUAAGUUAUGACUUUCUUUAUUUAUUUGGUUGAGUGGUGUAAAGUGUAUCGGACUCGCAAUCAGUAUGUCUGGUUUCGAGUCCCGCGCGCUCUAUAUUCAGCUUAAUUGAGUGGUACUGGCGCUACUUGGAAGGACCUUCUUCGGCUGGGGCAUUGCGAGUUGCUGGUGACCUGGGUACGGCUAGACCUGACUUUCAACCUUUGUAUUCAUAGGCGCAAACAAUGCUGCAGACGAGGGAGAAUCCGCUGAACAUGAAGAUUGAAUAAACCACUACUUGAACAAUGGUAUUAUGUUCACGAGCCUCAGUCCUGCCGGACAGAUAAAUUAUGCCCAGAACAGAAAUGAGGCAUACGUUUCUAACCACUCAUACACUAAAGAUGUAAAUACGUUGUAAAUAUUUAGUUACUGUAUCCAGAGAUCUCCAACAAGCUAUGUACAUUCCUCCCGCAGCUAGACAUCAUGCAGCGACACUUGAAAUAAAUCCAUC